AUGGAUGCCAUAACAUUCAGAUUUUUGAUGAGCUUAGCAGCGUCUCAAAAUCUUGAAAUGUAUCUCAUGGAUGUUGUGACAGCAUAUCUAUAUGGAUCUCUUGAAAAUGAGAUAUAUAUGAAAAUCCCAGAAGGAUUAAAAAUGCCUGAGGAUUUGAAAUCAAAGGCUAAGGAGAUCUGUUCGGUCAGAUUACAGCGAUCACUUUAUGGACUAAAACAGUCCGGACGCAUGUGGUAUAAUCGCUUAAGUGAAUAUUUGUUGAGUAAAGAUUACGUCAACAAUGCGAUAUGCCCUUGCGUAUUCAUUAAGAAAUCCUCGUCAGGAUUUGUGAUUAUUGCUGUAUAUGUAGAUGACCUGAACAUGAUUGGAACUCAAAAGGAAAUUGAUGAUGCAAGAACUCAUAUGAAAGAAGAGUUUGAAAUGAAAGAUCUUGGAAAGACAAAGUUUUGUCUUGGGCUCCAGAUAGAGCAUUUCCAAGAUGGUAUAUUUGUGCAUCAGUCAAAUUACACUAAAAGAGUGUUAAAACGCUUUUAUAUGGACAAAGCAACUCCUUUGAGUACUCCAAUGGUUAAUAGAUCUCUUGAUGUUGAAAAGGAUCCAUUCCGUCCUUGUGAGGAUAACGAGGAAGUGUUAGGUCCUGAAGUACCUUACAUGAGCGCUAUUGGUGGACUAAUGUAUCUUGCAAAUUGCACUAGACCAGAUAUAGCAUUCGCUACUAAUCUGCUUGCAAGAUAUAGAUAUCUAUCAGAUCCACACAAAGCUAGAUCACAAACAGGUUAUGUUUUCACAAUUGGUGGAACCGCGGUCUCCUGGCGUUCGCAAAAGCAAACUUUGGUUGCAACGUCUUCAAAUUAUGCAGAAACUAUUGCUCUCCAUGAAGCAUGUAGAGAGUGUGUGUGGCUCCGGUCUAUGACUCAUCACAUACAAGAAUCAAGUGGAAUAGUCACAGAGAAAGAGCCAACAAAAAUAUUUGAAGACAAUUCUGCAUGUGUCACACAACUCAAAGAAGGUUAUAUCAAGAGUGACAGAACGAAGCAUAUUCCUCCAAGAUUUUUCUCAUACACUCAAGAACUCCAGAAAAAUCAAGAAGUGGACAUCGAGUAUAUUCGUUCAAGUGACAAUGCAGCCGAUCUUUUUACAAAGGCGCUUCCUACUACAGUGUUCAAGAAGCAUAUGUUCACAGUAUUGGAAUGCGUCGUCUACAAAACUUGUGAAAAGAAAAGAUUAUAUCUUUUCCAGGGGGAGAUUAUGCUGGGAAAUAGAAUCUCGAAAGUGCUGCAUCUAAGUCCCGGGACUAGUGAUGAGCUAUGCGUCUUAAGCAACAAAAGCCGACUUAAGGAACCUAGUGAACUCUAUCAAAACCUGAUGUAUUAA